AUGUCGGACCACUGGUGUCCGGUUUGCCACACCGGCUUCCCCAGCCAAUAUGAGCGGUGGAUCCAUGAGGCGACAAUCGAGCACCAAUCGCAAGAAAAGCACAAUAUGAAGCAAUGGAGCUGCCUCCUUUGUCCAUUCAGCUGUUCCGGAAAAGGCCAAUAUCAAAAGCAUCUGAACGGCAAAGAGCACCAGGCCAAGGUGGCCGAGUACCACCGAAAAAGCGGAUGUCGCACCCCGCCCGACCCGCCGCAGCAUCGCAUCAAUGUCAAGUGGCCACGAAAUGAUGACACCAUCUUCUAUUCUGAUAAUGGCCGAUCAGCCUACGCGAGCAAUUUCGGGCCUUCGAUGGAGCGCCGCGACUUUGACUUCCGCAGGCAGACACCCAUUCAGCCAAUAGAAGACCAGCAAAUGCCGGCCCGUCGCCCUCCGCCCUAUCGACAGCGUGAUUUCUCGGAUACGGCGUCGAUGCCAUGGCACAAUCCACGCGCCCAGCAGCGCUACUUCAAAGCACCAAGCAGCGGAUUUUCGGACACGAAGCUGCCGUCGGAUUUCGACCCAAGUCGCCCACCGCCAAUCCCUCAGCCGAGCGUCGUUCUCCAUCCAACGCUGUCUUCUUCUUCUACACUUCCCUCCACUUCCGUAUUGUCAGUAUUAACAUUACGAAACAUCAUCAUUCCCAUUUGUCGGCUAAUAUUUGUGGGGUCUUUUCUAUGGCCACUCAAUUGUCCGCAAAUGUACACUUCCCUUUUUGGGCUUUUAAUUGCGAUUUCGAGGCAACCGAUGGCGGCGAGCACAAGCAAACUACAAUCGGAGGAUAGGCCUUCGACAAGCGGAAGUGUCGGAAAGAAGAACAAAGCCCCUCCAAAUGGCCCAUUCACCCAAAAGGGCGCCAAGAAGUUCAGCCAGCCAAUUGCCUCGACAUCGACAGCGGCUGCCGGCAAAAAGACGACCGCAAAACUGGCGACACCCAUGAAGAAGAAGCCAGGUGCUGUCAAGAGAUCGGGAUUGCCGGCGAGGAGCACGGGCGAUUUGGUGAGGCAGUUCGAGGCCAAGGGCAGAAGGGCGGAUGUCCAGGCAAAUCUCGAGAAGCGACAAAACCAAGAGCGUCAGAAUCUGUGGGUGCUGAAUCGGCAGCCGAGUGCUAGUGCAACAACGGUGGGGACGAUCGCCGAGCCUCUAAGAGACAUCCUCCACAACGCCGAUUCCAACAAAAUUGGGAAGGGCGAGAGCGUUGCCGCGUUGUCAUCUCCGCCGCCCGGGCCCUCAACGUCAACCACCACUCCAGCGACAGUCACAACUCAUCCACCGGCCACCUUCUCAGCCCCUCUGCAACAACAAACGAUCCCGUCCCCGCCGCCAAAAAUUGUGGAGACAAAGCCCGUGUUGGGCGGUCGAUUGCCGGACGCCUCUCCAAAAUCAUCCACGUCUUCUACGCAGCCACAGCCGGGAAGCCUCUUAGCCAAUGAAUAUCAGAGGACUGAGAUGCUAUUGGCGAAGAAGGAAGAGUCGCUGAGGCUGGAGAAAGAGCUAUUCGCCAAGACGAAAGAAUUCACCGAGCUGCAGGCACGAUACGCCGCCGAGAUUCACCACAUACAAACCAAGAAGAGAGCGGCGGAUGCGGCGAUAGCAGCUCUGGCGUCUCCUUCAUCCAUCAAU